GAAAGCGCGGGAGAAGAUGAAGAGAGCGUUGGAGGCGAGGAAACAAUCGGGAAUCUGGGGAUGACAACGAGAACACCCCGUAUGAGCCUGAGUGGCCGCCCGGGAGGAUUCUUCCGCGGCAUGGGGAGCCAACACCACCAACUCCACCACCACCAUCAUCAGCAGCAUGUGAGCUUUGACCCGGAAGCUCCAGAGCCGCCACCUCCGCCUCCCAUGCCACAGUAUCAUCACCACCAGACAUCGAAUUUCCUCGAGAAGCCCGAUGUCGAUAAAAAGGUCAAGCGGCACAGCAUCCACGGGAUGAUGGAAGAAGAGAAUGUAGUCAGGCCCCACCAGGAAAUGGAAAGUCUUUCUUUGGCUGAAAAAAAAUAUCUUCUAGCCGUUGAACGAGGGGAUGUCGCUUCUGUAAGAAGAAUGUUAACUCGAGCUCAACAUGACCAAUGGAUAAAAAUAAACUGCGUGGACCCUUUGGGAAGAUCGGCACUGCUUAUGGCGAUAGACAACGAAAAUCUGGAGAUGGUUGAACUUCUUAUAGAGUACAAGGUCGACACUAAAGAUGCUUUAUUACACGCAAUAUCAGAAGAAUUUGUGGAAGCUGUUGAGGUACUUCUCGAACACGAAGAGACUCUCCACAGAAAAGGCGAUCCCCACGUAAGCGGCUCGGCUGUGUCGUCUGCUUGUCAUAUGCCCGUUCGUAGCUUGUACUUUUCACUUAUUAGUUGGGAAGCUCUUCAUCCAGACACUGCAACUUUCACGCCAGAUAUCACGCCACUUAUUCUAUCUGCUCAUCGGGAUAAUUAUGAAAUUAUUAAAAUACUUUUGGACCGUGGCUCGGUUUUGCCGAUGCCACAUGAUGUUCGUUGUGGAUGUGACGAAUGUGUAACCUCAAGAAUGGAGGAUUCGCUGCGGCACUCUCGGAGCCGAAUAAAUGCAUACAGAGCGCUGGCAUCACCCUCGCUGAUAGCUUUGUCUUCCAAAGAUCCUAUUCUAACGGCCUUCGAAUUGUCGUGGGAGUUACGACGACUGUCUUUCCUUGAGCACGAGUUCAAAUGCGAGUACCAGGAACUUCGACGUCAGUGUCAGGAUUUUGCUACUGCACUCCUAGAUCACACGAGGAGUUCCCACGAGCUGGAAGUUCUUCUGAAUCACGACCCCACGGGACCAGCGUUCGAACACGGCGAGCGUAUGCACUUGAAUCGAUUGAAGUUAGCUAUUAAACUCCGUCAAAAAAAGUUCGUUGCUCACCCGAAUGUGCAACAGCUCCUAGCAUCAAUCUGGUACGAAGGGCUCCCAGGUUUUCGGCGAAAGAACAUGGUGCUCCAAGUACUAGAAAUAGUCCGAAUUGGAAUUUUGUUUCCGUUUUUCAGCGUUGCAUACAUAAUCGCGCCUCACAGCACAUUCGGGCAGACAAUGAGGAAGCCUUUUAUUAAAUUUAUCUGCCACUCGGCUUCCUACUUCACGUUUCUCUUCAUGCUGAUACUCGCGAGCCAAAGGAUAGAAAGUGGACUCGGACUUUGGAGCAGCGAAGACUACUCAGAGCAUGAGCCUGAACAAAUACCCCCGACGAAAAGGGGAGCAGCACCUUCUCUCGUUGAAUGGCAAGUAUUGUUCAUCCUGGCGUGGGUGUCGGGGCUUAUUUGGUCAGAAGUUAAACAAUUGUGGGACGUGGGACUGGAGGAGUACGUUAACGACAUGUGGAAUGUCAUUGACUUUGUCACUAAUUCUUUCUCGCUGAAGCUGGUGUACAUUUUCUCAGUAAAUCCCCACUUGGGUCCACUUCAGGUAUCACUUUCUCGGAUGGUUAUGGAUAUUAUGAAGUUUUUCUUCCUGUACGUACUCGUCCUAUUUGCAUUCUCCUGUGGGCUCAAUCAGCUGCUCUGGUACUACGCGGACAUGGAGAAAAAAAGAUGCCCCACGGCUAACUAUCCUUACAGUAAUAAUAACACCACCACUGAUUCCAAUGCUUGUAUCGUCUGGAGACGAUUUGCCAACCUUUUUGAGACAAUACAAACUUUGUUCUGGGCAGUAUUUGGUCUAAUCGACCUCGAAAGUUUUGAACUGGAUGGAAUUAAAGUGUUCACGCGGUUCUGGGGCAUGCUGAUGUUUGGUACUUACUCGGUUAUAAAUAUAGUUGUAUUAUUAAAUCUGCUGAUCGCUAUGAUGAAUCACUCGUAUCAGCUGAUAUCCGAGCGUGCGGACGUUGAAUGGAAGUUUGCGCGAAGCAAAUUAUGGAUCAGUUACUUCGAAGAAGGGGGAACUGUUCCACCGCCGUUCAAUAUCAUACCAACACCUAAAAGCAUGUGGUACAUAGGACAGUGGAUUUACAGAAAGUUCUGUGGGCACAGCAGGGCUGCUAAGAAAGAACAUAUGAGAACUAUUCGGCGCAAGGCCAAACAGGCGUCGGAGCGGGACCUGAGGUAUCAAAGUAUCAUGCGGAAUCUGGUCAGAAGAUACGUAACAGUCGAACAAAGGAAGACCGAGGGCGAGGGGGUCACCGAGGACGAUGUCAAUGAAAUCAAGCAGGACAUCAGUGCGUUCAGAUGCGAGCUCAUCGAGAUACUCAAGAAGUCGGGGAUGAACACGUCUACGUCCUCUGGAACCGGUACCGGCGCCGGGGGUAAAAAGAACCGCCAGAAAGAGCGGAGGCUGAUGAAAGGAUUCAAUAUCGCGCCGCAGCCCCCCAGCGGCAGCGGAACUUUGGCGCCGGUCGCUGAAUUCAUCGCCUCCCUUCAGCAAACUCCAGAUGAGUCCGAGAACCAGGAGCUCUUUGGCAGCACCCUCAGCAGCAUAUUCGGGCCGACCACCACCCCCAGGAAGAACCCUCAUCACAUCAGCACCAACAGCGUUCCGGGGCUGACCACUGGCAAUCGUCAGAAUCGAUGCACACGCAACGGGUCUCGCAAAAGGCGAUGGGGAACUUUAAUUGAAGCUGCCAAAGCACGUUCGCGCCUCCUUGCCGGAAGAUCCCGAUCAGAAGACUCAAUGUACCCACCAGCUUCCGAAGACGGCGGGUUCCGUUCCGAGGGAUCAUCAGACUCAAAGUCAUCCUUGGACGGCGGCCCGCAGCUUCCAUCUGCUCACGAGCAUUCCCAAACGGCGAGUCAGCAGAGCACAAACGGUCGCUCCGAAAACCACCACGUGUUUUCCCACGGUUUGGGCCCAGCCCUGGCAGCGCUCCGGAAAAAGCGCAAAAAGUUUUCCGCCUCCCGGGCUUCUACCCCCGCGAUCACCAGCGAAAACGCGAGCACCGUCGACAGCCUGUCGACGCUUCCUGUGAGGAACUCCUCGGCCUCCUCGGCGAUCGGGAAGAUCACCUCCAAAAACCAGCUCCAUCGAGCCAGCAGUGUUCCGGCUCGCAGUCCAGAUCUUUCUGCGCACAAUUUAUCCCGAAGGCACGAUUCUACUCAGAGUCAGCAGCCCAGUCUUGAUACCAUCGAGAUUGUUAGUGUUAGUGAACGACUCGAAAACGAUGAUGUGCGAAUAGACGUCGAACCGAUGAGUCCUUCAACAACCGAAGAAAGUUUUGUAGGUCACCCGACAACCUCCAGGGAUGCGGUACCAGUUCAAAGUCUUACUACAAGCGUAAAAAGAAACGGUUCUGCGACACAAUUGCAGCGACUACCAGGCAUUGAGACAAUUCGUGAUGUCACCUCCGGCUGGCUCUGA